AUGUGUGGUAUCCUGAAGGAUGUGCAAGCGUCCGAUCAGAGUGUGUCCCUCAGGCUGUAUCACCUGUUGGUAGCGUGCGUCGGGACGAUCUUGGUAUAAACUUCAUCGCUGUGGAGGGGUCCAACCAGGACUUAGUGGCAGUGUAGCAGUCAGGCCCAGACAGGUCAAGUGGGAGUCCAGUUCCUGUGAGCUCUUCGCCCGGUAGGUAGAGGCCUUGGAAGGUAAAGGUGAUGAGACGUGGCACUCCCCAGCGCUAGGGGAUAUUUUUGGAGCGUAGGUGUUGUAGGCUUGUUUGGAGCGACUUUUGCCAGCUGAGUGUGCUCCUCUUGAGAUUAGAAAACAAUGAGUUGUGAGAGUCCUCGAAUGGAGGGGUCCAACCAGGACUUAGGCAGUGGUUUCCGGCAGUGUAGCAGUCAGGCCCAGACAGGUCAAGUGGGAGUCCAGUUCCUGUGAGCUCUUCGCCCGGUAGGUAGAUGAGACGUGGCACUCCCCAGCGCUAGGGGAUAUUUUUGGAGCGCAGGUGUUGUAGGCUAGUUUGGAGCGACUUUCGUCAGCUGAGUGUGCUCCUCUUGAGAUUAGGAAACAAUGAGUUGUGAGAGUCCUCGAAUGGUAGAGGGGUUUGCCCUCAGGCCGCUGUUAGCAGGGUGGUCUUGUCCUGGAGGGAUUGGAAUCGCACAAUGAGGUCUGCUGUCGUGGUUGGGGGUGCAUUUGCCCGACUUGGGCAGGCGGAACAUUCCGUCUAUUUUCACAGCUUUUGGUUGUAGCAGUGUCUCUAGUAAGCAACGUAUGUAAUGUGGGAGAUCAGCCUGUCCCAUGGCAUCAGGCACCAUUCUGAUCUUCAAAUUGUUUUCGUCUGUGGUCCUCCAUGGCCUCUACCUUUUCGGCUUUACCAAGUUGUUUGUGGAGAUCUGAGACUCUGCUCCAGUGUGGUUAUGCGGGUGUCUCGUGAGCUCGCAGUGGCCUCUAGGAGGGUAAGCCUUGUGGUGGCCUCCUCAGUAGCCUCUUUAAAGUAUGCCCUGCCUGAGUUCUGCAAACAUCUUUACCGUUCGCAGUGACUGGGUCCCCAGAUGGUGGUGGUUGGGCCUUGUGCACUUUGGGCAGGGUCACCGAGGCACCUGGUCUCAGGUCUGAGUAGGCAUCUGAGGAGUCGGAGAAACCCUCCUUCCCAUGCGGCCUUCUGCGAGUUCCGCAGUAAUUCGCCGAUGUCGCUGCUGUUAGAGGCUUUGUCUGGCCUUGUUUUUUUUUUUUUUUUUCUGCCCAUCACCUCACUGAUCGGUAUUUAAGGUAAGGAGGUGGUAGGUGAACUGAUUCCGCCGUUAAAUCUGUUAUUUAGCUUGUUUUGCCACUGAGCUCUUCAAGACCUGUCUGCUUUGGUCUGCAGCCGGCUCCUCCCGCCCCCCAGGUGGGUGUCUAUUACAGCUCUCCCCUGCAGUAACCAUUAAAGCCUUUUCUCCCAUCUCUCACUUACUCCACCAGGGUCAAGGUAAGAGAUUGUAUUUUGUUUUCUUUUUGGAGUAUUCUACUCCAUUGCUGAUAGUGGGUACACUCUGCUCCAAGUAAAUCUUUUUAAUUAUGUUGCUGUUGCUUGAUUUGUUACUGAUCUGUGACCUUGUUUGCUCCCCUAAAUCAAUGUGUGUUAAAAACUUUUAACCUCCAGAGAGUCAUUCAAGCCCUUCAUAUGUCCUGAUUUCAUAGCUCUAAGGAAGCAUGUAAACACAAGUAGAUUUAUUGAUCGCACAGCUAAUCUUUUUGAUUUAUCUUGGGUUUGUCUGGCCAUGGUGUAAUGUAAAAGUUGGUAGAAGAUUUAAAAGGGGAAAAAAAUAAAAAAUAAAGAAAUAAGCAAGUAAAAAAAAUGCAUUUUAGAGCAGCUCUGUCAGUGAGGAAUUAAAUGCACUGCGAUUUCAUUACUAAUAUGUCAGUCCCGUCCGCGGAUCUCUUUGACUUAUUUGAAACACUUAUGCAUUUAAAUAACUUAUUUAGUAGCAAUUGGUGCAGGGGAGGAAUGAAGGCAAUAAAACAUUUAGAGAUGUCAAACCCCUUGCUGAGUCUGAUUUCACUUUCUGUGGUUCAUUUGUAGGUGUCUUUUAUAGCCACUAUAUAAAUCUUCAUGUACCUUCUUACAGACAAUGAUUUCCAUAACACAAUGUGCAUUAUCACAUGGAGUUGGUGAUGCAGUUUUUUUGCCCUGGGGAAUGGUGUUUUUUUUUUUUUUUUUAAUUUAUUUAUUCAUUUUUGCAUUUUGUAGGUUUUGAGAUUUUUAGAAAUUCUUUCUCUUUUUUUCCUGUUAUGUGGCAUUUUUGCAUCCUUGUGCUUACAAAAGCCCAACUAAAGUCUCUGAAAAGGCACAGUGCUUACGUUAAAAAGCCUGCAGGGACAGGCACUAGACACCAUAACUACAUUAAGCUCUAGUUAUUCUGGUGACUAUAGUGUCCCUUGUAAAUGCAGUUAUAAGAACACUUACUAAAAUGCUUGUAUUUAGUUUUCAAAGUAGGGUUGGCAAUUGGUGACCUGAAUAUUAGUUUGACCACUGCAUUAUGCAGAUUAAUGUGUGGGUUUUUUAACUGAUUCACAGCUGCGGGCUCUAGUAGUCUAAACUGGUGUUCAACGUUAUGGCCACCUACAACUAAUAUUUGUAAAUAGCAUGGAUAAAGGUUUAUAUAAUACAAAUGCAGCACAGACAUGCCAUUUUUACAUUGUUGAACAGUAUUAUGAGGUCAAACAUUUAAAUGCCUCCUUGAUAUCCCAAAUAGGGUUAUUCUAGCAUUGGUUAAAUCACGUUUAACAGGUACCAGAUCAUUCUCUCAAGAACACUGCUCUUUCUCUUAGGUUAUGCAUUACCUGGGACAGUAUAUAAUGGUGAAACAGCUCUACGACAAGCAACAGCAGCAUAUUGUCCACUGUGGCACUGAUGAACUUGGGGAGUUGCUGGGCAUUACAACCUUCUCUGUUAAGGACCCAAGGUAAUUUCUUUUUCUCUGCAAGUGUCUUAUUUUUCAAUACUGUCGAAUGACCCACUCUGUAACCAUAUCCCUUCGACACUUUUUCUUUCAUCGAUGCAAUCCUUGGUAGCCCAGUACAAAUAUAUUGUUAGCUUUUAUAACUUAAAUUUUUAGGUGUUCUUGCCUACUUUUGUGAGCUAGAUAUUACCUUUCUAAUUUAUUGGAUAUUUCUCCAGGUCACUUCUUUUUGUGUUAAGUUCUGUGUAUUGCUGACAACAAAUUAUAGUAAUAGAUAUUCCAAAUUCACUUUAUCUUAAAGGGACAGUCCGGGCACCAAUACAACAUUAAUGCAUUUGAUAGAUUUUUAACCUCAUUAAUAUGUUGUAUUUUCGCAUGCUUAAAUCUUUAUAGUUCUUGUAUUAAAAUAAAAUGUUUUGCAGAAUGCUACACAAUAAGUCUCCAUCUGUAGCCACACCCCCUCACUCAGGAAAAUUACACCCUUAUCAAAGGUAUGCACAGUGUGAGAAACUAAACCGGUAAUGAUAUCCUUACUAUAUGUCUCUUUGGGUGUCCUCUAAUUCAAGUUGCUUUGCAGUUCAGAGCGGUCAGUGGCUGAGCUGUGUGCAUGCUUUUGUUAAGGAAGAUAUUUUUUGAGUGAGAGGGUGUGGUUAAAGAGGUAGGCUUAAUGUGCAGCAUUCUGCAAAAACUUUUUGUGUGCAAAAACUAUAAAGAUUUGAGCAUGCAAACAAAAAUUGCAUAUGAAUUGGGCCUAAAUUUAUCAAAUGUGUUAAAUUUGUAUUGGUGAAAUGACGGUUAUGCCCCGAGAUUCAUCGGAUAAAUUUGCUCCACACCCUAUACAGUUUUACCUAUAAACAUUAGGCAUAAUCUUCUCCUUUUCUUCAUAAUCAAACCAUGGAAGAUAACAAGAAUCAAAUUUAACCUACAAGGCAACACUUUAGAGUCCUCACAUGUCUAAUCCCCUCUUCCACGAUGGCAUAGUGAAACUAGCUGUUUAAAACCUCACACUCCGGCUCUCUGGCCCGCAUUGGAAACAGCAUAGACUUUUCCACUCAAAUAUAUUGACCCUUGCACAAAUACGGGCCAAUUUUUCAGCAUUUCCACAUACCUACAGAUUCAAAGUUGUACUACCUCGAUUCUACCACACUUUACUGGUAUUGAUUAGGCUCACUCCCUGGAUUUGGAAUCCAUCCCAAGUUCAAUGGUCUGCUUGUUUUUUUUUUUUUUGUUUUUUUUAAUGCCCAUACUCGCAUGGUUUUAGACCGUUCCCCCUUUUGCAUCUCCCUAAUCGGAUCCCCACUUUCAGAUAUACAUAAUGUCUUUUUGUUUUAUUAAAAUGAAAUCUGUCAUCUACUAUACACUCUGCAUAAUUUCCAGUAAUUAAUAUUUGGAGAAUAGUUGUAUUGGUGGUUGGAGUGUCCCUUUUAAGUAUCCCUAUUGCUGUAAUUUAGUUACUUCUCAGUAACUGUUACAGUUAACACAGGUGGAUGGUAAUUAUUUUAAGAUCUGCCAGCCAUAUGUACUCUUCUUAUCCAAAAUGAAAACCAUAUAAAGGUAAUAGCGAGAUAUUGAGAGACUAUACACUAGCCAGAAUUUCUGCAGUGCUUUGUUCACUCUUCAUAAGCCAAUGUUUUGGUCUUUUAAAAUAUGUCUUUAUUUUUUUUACAGUCCCCUAUAUGAAAUGCUGAAGAAGAACCUCUAUCGAAUCUCUUAUUCAGGUAGAUACUCACAUUUGCUUUGCUUUACUUACUGUCAAUGAAGGAGCUCAAAUUAGGUUGUAAUUUCCUUCCUCCCUUCAUGCUAAUCUGCAUUUUCACCAUUAGUUAUUGGAUCACACCAGUAUUCCCUAACAAGUACAUUUGGGUUGUGUUUAAAUGGUUUAGUUGUUCAUUUUGGCAAGUAGGCAAGUUGGAGAUUCCCAGAAAGUCUUGUUCAAAGGACUACUGUCCUCAAAUGUUCACUUCUCAUUUUUGAAAACUUUAAUACAUUUAAAAGAACACUCUGAGCACCAUAAAAGCUAAACUUUAAAUGAAAAUUUUUAUGGCACCAGGAAGUUCCUGGCGCUGGCUCACCAUUAGAAGUUAAACCAUAAAGUCUGCGUUCCAGUGACUGAUCACUCUGCCCCUUCACUGCCCUGUCCUUUCACUAUCUAAAAUCCUGCUGUAGGCCAAUCAGUGAAGCCCUUUCCAUUAGCUAGGAUUUCAGGUAGCGGAAGGAUAGAGGGAGCAAAGUGAUUUAUAAACAGUUUUGCACCCUAAAGGUGAGCUAGCAUCAGCGACCUCCUGGCACCAUAACUUAAUUGUUGGAGUAAAUGGUGUAUAUUGAUUUGUUUUGAGAAAAAAAUAACUUAUCAGCUGCUUUGUGUGAGCCUGCAAAAGCAGGCAACUUAGGUUGAGCAGCAGCUUGUCAGAUAUUAGUUUCUGACCCAACAUGGCUGGUCAGCCAAAUAGUGAAAUUUUCUCAAACAAAUCAAUAUAAAUCAUUUAUAAAAAAAUAAGUUUCAAUAAAGCAGACUUGUUUAAAUAACAUUGAAAUAAAAAACACAUAGGUAAUCCUGUAAAGCCUUUGUCAGUUAUAUCAGAACACAUAACUUUCUUAGUGAUAAAGCACAUUCAACCCUUUCUUUGCCCCGGUAAAACUUUGGAAUAUAAGAACCUAUAUUACUGGGGAAGGGGUUUUUUGUUUUUCUUUUCCCAUUCACCUCACAGAUGCUGAACAGAGUCCCUCAAGAGACCACGUGCAGGAAGCUGGCAAAUUGGAUCAGGAGAAGGUAAAACCCGGUAUUUGUUGACCUUGUACAGAGUUUCCCUUCUCUGUACCUGCCGGCGUUGGAUCUCCAGAUCAGUUUUCAAACCGUUCAGGUUCCACUGGAGUCCACGGAGCAGGGACAGAGUCACCCUUCUCUGUUCCCAAAAUACUCUCACAGCUCUACACUCAAGGCUGUAAGAGUGAUGCAGCAGUUGUACCGGCCGCCUGACUCCAAGAUAUUUGCUAAAUUCAUCAUAUAUAAAGAUUAACCAUAAUGGGAUUUGGAAUGAAUUUAAACGGGAGGCUUGCCAUAUGUCCUUAAAACUUUCUUGACAUUUCAGUAAGAAAAUCUUUGGGAUUAAAAUAAAAAUGAACUUUUAAAUAAAUAUUAUGUUUCUUAUCACCAUGAAGGAUUGUAAUUCUGUGUUGGUUGAUAAUACAAAGUUUGAGAUCAUUUCUCCAAUAAAACAUCCUGUUUUUUACUUUACAAUUUAUCAAAGUGGUUUAACUUUGCUUAUAGUGCAGGUGGCCGGUAAUUAAUUGCUGCAUCUCCUUCUACAAAACCGCAGCAUAAUGGUACUAAUUCAUAUUCUCUCCACAUUGUUCAUUCUUAGAGUUUCGACGAAGGAAUAUUCAUCUCAGAAAGUCAAGAUGCUUGUGACAGUACAACUGGAGUUGCUUACUCAUCUCUUAAGCGUCCUGUGAUAGAAGGUGAAUUCACAGUGCUGUUUGUUACACGUUUGACUUUCCUUGUUUUCGUAGUUUUGAAACCAUGUUAGAGAAAAUAAAGACGGACCUCAUCACUUUUUUUAUUAAAGGAUCACGAAUAGGGUCCGGAACACAAACAUGUAUUCCUGAUCCUAUAGUGUUAAAACCACCAUCUAGCCCCCCUGGUCCCCUCGUGUAAAACCUUACUGUAUUCAAGCCUGAAGCUGUAACUCUGCAUGCUAUUUGUCCCAGAAGAACAAGCAGUCUGCUGACUUCAUCAGAUGUGGUAGUCUGAUCCAAUCACAAUGCUUCCCCAUAGGAUUGGCUGAGACUGACAAGGAGGCAGAUCAGGGGCAGAGCCAGCAUGAUUCAAACACAGCCAUGGCCAAUCAGCAUCUCCUCAUUUAGAUGAAUUGAAUCAGUGAAUCUCUGAGGAAAGUUCAGUGUCUGCAUGCAGAGGGAGGAGACACAAUGUUUGGAUGCAUUUUAGGCAGCCAUGAUCCAGGAAGGAUCUCUAACAGCCAUCUGAGGAGUGGCCAGUGAAGUUAUCACUAGGCUGUAAUGUAAACACUGCAUUUUCUCUGAAAAGACCGUGUUUACAGCAAAAAGCCGGAAGGUAAUGAUUAUAAUCACCAGAACAAAUUAAAUAAGCUGUAGUUGUUCUGGUGACUAUAGUGUCCCUUGAAACACAUUAUGCAAGCACAGGAUUCACAUGCAUACACUCCAUAUCAGUAUGCAUAAGCAUUUGCAUAUUAUAUAGCGCCAUCAGUUAACAUAGCGACCUACACACAGACACUUUUAUACACAAUUACAUGAACUUUUAAUUCUGUUGCUUCUACAUUUUGUGUUUCUCUCUAGCUCUUGCUCUCCUCUUCCUUCUUCCCUCCCUCCCCCCACUCCCCUAUGCAAUAAGGCAAGACUAAAGGUUACUUAUCACUGCAAAGCUAUGUGAUCUUUAUCACUUGCCUAGCAUUUACCUAUUUCUUAGCAUUUUGGUACCUGCUGUACUAACUAUUCCUUGUGUACUGCAUAUUUACUGCUAAGGAAAUCAAGGAAAAUACUAUGUAAAUAUGUUUUAGGUGGCACAAUGGUUGGAUAAAAUCAAAAGGCUUAAAAUUUAAUCAUAGCAGUUUGGAGUCAAAUAUAUUUUAAAAUCGUAGUUAACUUUUUUAAGUCUCCCUGAACAACCAUAUGUAUCUGAAGGAACUUGUCAUAUUUCUCCUACAAAUGUAUCAUGCUGUCUAGGAGCCAUUGCAGGUUGUUCAGGAUUUGAAGUCAGCACUGCAUGGUUCCUGAAUUGUUUGUCUGACAAACCAAUGUCUACAAUGUUUACAGAGUUUUAACUGCCCGUGCUUUGAUGUAUUGUUUAAUGCCAUUCCUUUUGGUCACAGAUGUCAUCCAAGCAGCCACUGCUACAGUAUGGAUUGCACUGGGACACAAGUGGUGUGAGUUGAAGGGCUGAAUUUCCAGUCACUAGUGUCUAGUGGGAGAGGGGUAAUUUUGAUCCCUGAAUCAUGUGUUCAAGAUUGAACUACAUCAAUAUUCAUAGGGACACUACUUAAAGUGGUUUGUCUGGAGACCAUUUUUAUGGCGAAACUCUAAAUCACUUGCUUUUUCCACUGGUAAAUGGGCACAAAUACCAUGAGGCUGUCAUCUUAUUAGUAAAUAAACUGUGUGCUAAAAUAGAAUGUAAGCAUUUGUGAUCUAAACAAUUUUCCACUCAACUAGAUCCACACUUUCUCAAAGCUUUUAACCCCUUAAGGACACAUGACAGAAAUAUUCCGUCAUGACUCCCUUUAAUUCCAGAAGUUGUGUCCUUAAUGGGUUAAUUAAUGGGACACUAUAGUCACCAACACUACAGCUUAUUGUAGUUGUUCCACUGAAUAUAGCAUGUCCCUGCAAGCUUUUUGCUGUAAAUACUGUCUUUUAAGAGAAAAGGCAUUGUUUACAUUACACACAGAUAACGAGAAGGGCUGCGCCAAAAGGAUAGAAAUAUGAAUGAACUCAAACAAUAAAUAUAAAAUUUCGUAUUCUAGUAAAUGAGUCUUUGUUAUGAAUAAAGUCUAUUUAGUUACUUGGAAGUGUAGAGUCCUCAAUGUUCUAAGUGUUUCAGCCGUUCGGUAUAUAUAAAAGACAAAAGCGAGGGUAGCCAAUGGUGCAGUAUGUACAAACCAAUAGGAUUAAAAUGAAGAAAUAUAUACAGUCAACUCACAUUUUAAAAAGCUAUAGCCAGCUCACGGUGUGGAAGGUGUACAGCAGUAUAAUCCCUGAUUUAGAGGAAAUGUGGUCAACAUCCUCCAGAGGGAUGGUGUCCAACACUCAGGAGAAAAGUGUAUAUAUAUAAAAAACCAAAAAAAAAAACGGAUAGUGCUUUCAGUAAUAUAAAAUAAUGCAAAUGGACAUAAAUAAAAAUUAGAACCUAGCUAGAAGGAUUUUAUAUAGGUGUAUGGACAUUUAAGAUUGGCUACAAACCUGUGACGUCAUUUUGAUGCCAAUCAGGUAAAGACAUAUUUUACAUAUUUACAAAUGUGUUUACAGACUUUCAAUGCAAUUUAUACGUGUAACUUGAUUUCUUAUAUAAAUUGGAAUAAAAACGAGUGUUUACUGCUUUAAUCUAAACCAUUAUAGCGAGUCACGUGAAACAGAUGAAAACAGAAAUGACAAAUGUACAUUUAUAGAAAAUUCUUAUAUGGUUAUCCAAACCCAAAUAAACAUAUUUUUAAAAAUACAGAAAUAAGAACAUUUAAAAAUGACAACAUUCAUGGAUUGUUUCUAUAUCCACAAACCUUUUGCAUUACAAGAAAUUAUUUAUUUAAAAAAACAUCUAUUCUAAAUUGUUUCAAAAAUACAAAAUACUAAAAUGCAAUUUGUAUACACCAUCUUAACAACAAACAGAUACCUACUAGCACCACCAUGCAUCAAAAAGUGGGAGGAAGACCUCGAGGAACCCAUGACAGAAGCGGACUGCGACAAAAGUAUCACUCUGAUACAAAAAACACCGAGCUCGGCACGCACACAAGAAAACUCGUACAAGAUACUCACCAGAUGGUACCUAACACCGACGCGCUCCACGCCAGGAACCCGGAAAUCCCAGACACAUGCUGGAGAUGCGAGGAGGAGACUGGUACGUUCACACACAUAUGGUGGACUUGCGCUCGCAUUAGACCAUUCUGGGAAAAAAUCCGGACGAUAAUACAUGAGGUUACAGAUGAGCUCCUGCCACACUCCCCAGCCGCUUUCCUUCUACACCAUACCACCAUGGCGACAUCAACAUACAAGAGAUCUGUCAUCUCUAGACUCCUAAACGAUGCGAAAGUGACCAUCCCCAUCUAUUGGAAACAAACUAGCACACCUCCCAUAAUGAAGUGGAUAGAGGAGGUGGAAGCCACAAGGACACUUGAAGACGUGAAAGCAGAAACCCUGAACCUCAGAGACCGACACACCAAACGCUGGUUCCACUGGACGAGGCUAACUGCGCCAGACUCCUUCAGACAACACCUAAACGCGCCGUAAGCAGAGACUGGAGGGAGAGAGAAAUACAACAAGACAAACCGAAGACGGCGAGACGCAACGAGCCGGGCAGGCGACGGGUGGCGGGCAGCAGACCACCCUGACACACACUCAGUCAACACCACGACACAAUGACAACUGAUGACACCGGAGACGAAUAGACCGCCUACAGACACAACACUCGCGAGCCACACACAUAGCCACCUAAGGGGCUACAAACACGAAUAAAGACAACUAACCAUAUAGCUAUUACACUAACGGACGCCAAACAUCACCAAGCAGGACCACAACCUAGCACUAACACCACACCCAACUCCUCGACACAUAAGACAACAACGAAACCAAAGCUAGCACAGUAAGUGCGAUAAUGGGUACACAACAACAACACACACAACUAAAGACUACAAAACAAGUCAAUACCCCCAAAUGCCUCUAUGAAGGCAACAUGAUCCCUCCCCCACACAUACAGCUGUCUACGCCUCUGCACAGACACCUAUCUGCUAAACCAGAAAUACAUACACCAUAGAUAAUCUACUGCAAAACCAAUAAACAUAUUCCAAAUAAAGUCGACACACACACUGAAAACCAGACAUCCAGGCAGGCAACCGCGCAAUAGGACCGAGGGAUACCCAACACUUAGAAUACACAAACCACCGAGGCCCCUUACAACAUACGCUAAAGCACCCUAACCCACUAAACUGAAUAGACACACCGAAUACAAGGAUAACUACAGAACAGAAAUGGUUACAUAUGACCAUGAAACACCAAGAUACACAAGGCAAUGGAUACAGAGACGCAAGAGCAGUAAUCAGGCACACGUACCAGAGCACGAUAGGACAAGGUUAAACAUCAGAUAAAAGCCUGAUGGAGGGGACACAAAUAGGAAGUUAACUGACCGAAUGCCAUUAACAGAGAAGCAGGAUACAACAGAGCCGCUAAGGCACCCCGGGUUUAGACACAACGCAACACAUCAGCAAAAAGACACGGAACCCGCAGGCACAGACAAUUUAAAAUGCCCAAAGCAGGAACACUCAAAACCACAUACGCCUGUGCAAACGCAAUAAAGACACACUACUAGCCGCAUAGCUAUACAAUACGAGCAAAUACAUAUGCAUAUAUAUGCUGUACCACAAACGCAACGACUAACCAGCCUCUGCGUAGGCGACGAGAGACAAACAAAUGUACCCCUUCUUUAAUGUUUGAACGACUGAUCAUAGUGAUAUCCCUAUCAUUCAUACCCAACAUAAAUAAGUCUUGCAUAUGCCUCCCUUACCUAACAUCACACAUAGACAAAUAGCCCCGACCUAGGCGGCAUGCACACACGAAAUAGAUACCCAGAUGGGGAGCAUAGUAUUUACGGUUUAUAACGUUAUGAUUAGGCCUCCUCUACCUAACGCAUUAUACGAAUACGAGGCUUUAACUAUUGCGGCAUGCACACACGCAAUAGACGAUGAGUCGCUGAGAAAGGCAUACCACUACCCACACUAAAACAAAUGUAUCUACGGGUUAUCACUCAGUGGCAGAACGACUACUUCUCGACCACAUUACCUCAUUAGGCCUUAGAUUAACGUAAAGCACUAUCGACUUCCCAAAGUCAUCAUAUGGCUAUUAAGAUACGCUGACACACACGGAAAUACAGAAACUAAAUGUGAUAAACCUGGAUGAUCUGAAACGCAUGCCUUCAAGUGGACAACUAUCUGCUUUUAUGUACACAAACCGUUAAACACGCUUCUGCGCAUGCGAAUAUAUGCAUGUAUACACUUGUUCAGACCUGCAAAUCUCUGCGUAGGUGAUUGUUCGCAUUAACAGAAAACUGUUUGAUACCUGCAUUGUUGUUGUAAUGACAAUAAACAUAUUUAAUACAAAAAUGCAAUCUGCUCAGGAGAAUAAAAAGGAAACGUUCUAAAAUAUAUAAACAUUAUAAAAAAUUCUAAAAAAAAAUGUAAAAUCAAAUUCUAUAUUGAGUCCCUUUGGCUCCAAAGUGUCUAGUUUGUAUACCCAUUUCAUUUUUUCUUUUCCUAUAUUGUUUAUAUGAUUACCACCUCACCAAGAUUUAUUAACUAUUUUCAUCCCUAAAAAAGUAAGACCAUUUGGAUCCGGAUUGUGAUAUUUUUUUUAAAUGCGCUGAAACGCUGUGUUUCUCGUAACUCUUGCGGAUGUUGUUUAUAUGUUCAUAAAGCCUCUUGUGUAACGGACGAAUAGUACGACCCACAUAUUGUAGGCCGCAUGGACAAAUUAAAAGAUAAAUAACGUUCUUACUAAAACAAGUAAUAAAAUCCUUUAUAUAAAAGAUCUCAUCUUUAUUUUUUGUCCUAAAUUCCAAAAGGGUAUUAGUAAAUUUAGGACAAAAUAUAAAGAUGAGCAUAACCUUCAUCACUAUGUAUUUUACUUAGGACGUUUGCGACUUUAUUAUUUAGAAUCUGGGUUAGGGGAUCUCCUUAUCUAUUACUAUCUAGGACUUAUACACUCAGUUUACUUUAUCUCUAGUUAGCCGCUUAUCCCUACUCUGAGCUCUUCAGUUAUCCUAUUAUAGGUUCUUGAGAGAUAUGUAUCAUCCUGUCACUCGACUUCUGUCGACCUAGGGUACAUUGAUCUUACGGAGCACUUUUUCUCCUACUAUAGAUGCAUUCAGUACGCGGCAUCUAGACAACGCUAAUAAGUCUUUGGUUAAUCUAUAAUUUUUUUCCUAAGGGGUUAAGGUGUUAUAUUAUAGAGGCUUAUUUUUACCUCCUUGUGCCCGGCCGGGCCGAUCAACUACCCUUUUCCCUCUUUGCAAGGUACCCUGUCUAUGUCUAGCUCUGGGUAAUAGAGGGAGGAUUAUAAUACGGGUUUAAGGAUUUCCUAUCGGCUAGUAUACCGACUUUAUUACUAGUUCGAGUUCACACUGCCGCUCAUCCUCCCCAAAUACUCCUAUUUGCCCUGUCUGCAGUAUUGAUCUUGGAGCUCCCCCAACGAUAGGAAGUAAUUUGAAUAUAUCCUCUGGGGAUAUCCUUUUUAGGCAAUACUCGUAUGUGCAACUAUAUGCAUUUUGUUCUAUUAAGGGUUUCAUUAGUGUCUAUCACCCUAGUGGAUACAUUUUACUUCAUUGUGCUCACACCUCUACUUUAUAUGUGUUACAAAUGAGCUGUUAAGUUACUCUAUUCUAAUAGUAGCCACCCUAUAUACUGUGUGUUCGCUGCAUAUUUUGCAUAUUAGCAGAUGAUCCUAUUUUUAACACUACUGUACAUACUUUUCACAUUGGUUUAUUUCUUUCCCCAAGAGGGACUAAUAAAGAUUUAUAGUUUUUUAUUUAUUUAUUUAUUUUAGUUCUAUUUAUGCUCUAUGACUGGCAAUCUAUUGCAUUACAUUGGUGGAGCAGCCACAUUCAGGGUAUAGAGACUGAGUUUGAUUGCACUGUUCCAGUUAACCCAUCCCAGUCUCUUCUAUUUUUAUUAUUACUUUGGGUUAUGUCCUAAUACCCUUCAACCAACACAACUCCAGUGAAUGAUCGUUUUGGUCUUUCACUGUUGCUGUAUUCUCUCUAAAAGGGGAAACGAAUAUGAGAUCGACGCAUUACAUGCAAAGCAAGAAAAUUCAAGCCGUGAUUUGUCAUAAGUGUGAUGAUUAUGGCUUACAGUUUAUGAAAACCCCCAAAUCCACAGUCUCAGUAAAUUAGAAUAUUACAUGCAAUCAAUAAAACAAGGAGUGUACAUAGAACGAUAUCAGACCUCUGAAAAGUAUAAGCAUGCAUAUGGACUCAGUACUUGGUUUGGGCCCCUUUUGCAGCAAUUAUUGCCUCAAUGCAGCGUGGCAUGGAAGCUAUCAGCCUGUGGCACUGCUGUGUUAUGGAAGACCAGGAUGCUUCAAUAGCGGCCUUCAGCUCUUCUGCAUUGUUUGGUCUCAUGUCUCAUCUUUCUCUUGGCAAUGCUCCAUACAUUCUCUAUGGGUUUCAGGUCAGGCGAGUUUGCUGGCCAAUCAAGCACAGUAAUCCCACAGUCAUUGAACCAGGCUUUGGUGCUUUGGCAGUGUGGGUAGGUUCCUGCUGGAAAAUGAAGUCAGCAUCCCCGUACAGCUCGUUUGCGGAAGGAAGCAUGAAGUGCUCCAAAAUCUCCUGGUAGACGGCUGCGUUGACCCUGGACUUAAUGAAGCACAGUGGACCAACACCAGCAGAUGCCAUGGCUCCCCAAAUCAACACAGACUGUGGAAACUUCACACUGGACUUCAAGCAUCUUGCAGUGCGUGCCUCUCCCUUCUUCCUACAGACUCUGGGUCCUUGGUUUCCAUAUGAGAUGCAAAUGUUGCUCUCAUCAGAAAAGAGGACUUUGGACCACUGAGCAACAUACCAGGUCUGUUUUUCUUUGGCCCAGGGAAGACGCUUCUGACGUUGUUUUUGUUCAGGAGCGGCUUGACAAGUGGAAUACGACAUCUGAAGCCCAUGUCCAGGAUCCGUCUGUGUGUGGUGGCUUUUGAUGCACUGACUCCAGCCUCAGUCCACUCCUUGUGAAAGUCCCCAACACUUUUGAACGGCCUUUCCUGACAAUCCUCUCCAGGCUGCGGUCAUCCCUGCUGCUUGUGCACCCUUUUCUUCCACAUAACUUUCUAUUAAUGUGCUUUGAUACAGCACUUUGGGAGCAUCCAACUUCCUUUGCAAUUACCUUUUGAGACUUUCCCUCCUUAUGGAGGGUGUCAAUGAUGGUUUUCUGCACAACUGUCAGGUCAGCCGUCUUCCCCAUGAUUUGUGAUUCCUACUGAACCAGACUGAGAGACCAUUUAAAGGCUCAGAAACUCUUUGCAGGUGUUAUGGCUUACUCAUCUGAUUAGAGUGGGACACUGUGAGCCUAGAAUAUUGCACCUUUUCACAAUAUUCUAAUUUACUGAGAUUGUGGAUUUGGGGUUUUCAUGAUCUAUAAGACAUAAUCAUGGCACUUAUGACAAAUCAUGGCUUGAACUAUCUUGCUUUGCAUGUAAUGCGUCUAUCUCAAAUUAGUUUCCCCUUUUACAUUGCAUUACUGAAAUAAAUGAACUUCUGCACGAUAUUCUUAUUUUUAGAGUAUCACAUGUAUGUAUGUAUGUAUGUGUGUGUAUAUAUGUGUAUAUAUAUGAUACCGGCACUCAAGGAAUUUCGAAAGUUUAAUUUUCAAUGUGCAUCUGAAAUCGACAUUUCAGCUCCUCCAUCGGGAACGUCGUGCCCGUUAAUUUAGUUUGCUACUUCCUGGUUAGUCAUCUGACCACGAAGAUGGUCCUGAUAGGUUGAACCUCACGUCGACUAGACAACCAAGGACGCUCACGUCCCAUUGGAAGAGAUUCAAUAUUAUGAAUACAGAUUUCAGACAGACUUAAUCUGUCAGCCGGUAGCACAAAGACGGCACCUGAAACUUGUUCCCCGCAUGUUACCCGAUGGUUAGAUGGAGAUGUCCGAGCUUACAAAGUACUUCAUUAAUCCACAACUGUUUAAACACCCUAGAUUAGGCUAUUAUCCAGUAAUAUCCCCCAUGUGAAAGAUGCUGUAUAUAGCACCCUAAUUGUACAAUACAAAAAUCAAUAAAAAAAAAAUCAUGCAUAAUUAUAUUAGAAUCAAAUUAUAUUCAUUUUUAUUAAUAUAAUUAUGCAUGGUUUUUUUAUUGAUUUUUGUAUUGUACAAUUAGGGUGCUAUAUACAGCAUCUUUCACAUGGGGGAUAUUACUGGAUAAUAGCCUAAUCUAGGGUGUUUAAACAGUUGUGGAUUAAUGAAGUACUUUGUUUGUAAGCUCGGACAUCUCCAUCUAACCAUCGGGUAACAUGCAGGGAACAAGUUUCAGGUGCCAUCUUUGUGCUACCGGCUGACAGAUUAAGUCUGUCUGAAAUCGGUAUUCAUAAUAUUGAAUCUCCUCCAAUGGGACGUGAGCGUCCUUGGUUGUCUAGCCGACGUGAGGUUCAACCCAUCAGGACCAUCUUCGUGGUCAGAUGA